AUGGCCAAUUUGGAAUAUGGUCUCUUAAGUAAGAAAACUAACCAGGCUAUUCCUCUGAAGUAUAUUGGAGUUAAGGGUCAUCUCACUGGAUAUACUAUACAAGAAAAGGAGAAGGCAAGAGUAGUUUAUGAUGAUGCUAUAGCCUCUGGGUUAACAACAGCUAUAGGUGAAGAGAAAACUGGCGAUAUAUUUAGCCUAGCACUUGGUAACCUUCCUCCUAAAGGAGAUGCUACAAUAUCUUUGAAACUGGUCAAUGAAUUACCAAUAGAAAGUGAACCAGAAGCUGUACGCUUUACCCUUCCCACUGUCCUCAAACUUCGUUAUACACCAGCUGGCUCUGGAGGGCAACAGGAGGGAAUGACUUAGUCAUCUCCUGUUGUAAUGCUUGAUUUUUUUCCAGAUUUUGCUAGCAUACCUGCUUCUUGUGAGUUUGUUUUCCUCAUAGAUCGUAGUGGUAGCAUGGCUGGUACUCCAAUAAAGCAAGCUAAGGAGACACUGAUUCUCUUCUUGAAAAGUAUUCCCCGUUGUUGCUUUAAUAUCAUUGGGUUUGGUAGCGACUUUCGUCAUCUUUUUCCUCAAAGUGUUCCCUAUAACCAAUCCAAUUUGGAUAAAGCAUUAAAACAUGCUGAGACAUUGAGUGCUGAUCUAGGGGGCACAGAACUCUUGCCACCAUUGCGUUACGUAUUCAAUCAAGAAAUGGUUCUGGGUUUGCCUCGACAAGUAUUUGUGUUAACUGAUGGUUCUGUCAGUAAUACUAAAGCAUGUAUUAGCAUUGCUAAGGAGAAUGCUCAUGUAGCAAGAGUGUUUACAUUUGGAAUUGGUUCUGGUGUAUCAACUGAGCUAGUGGGAGGACUGGCUAGAGCUGGCAAUGGAAGUGCUGAGUUUAUUCAGGCAGGAGAAAGAAUGCAACCAAAAGUCAUCAGUAGCCUCAAAAAGGCACUGCAACCUUCAGUGACAAAUGUACAACUUCAGUUCACAGUUCCUACUGGUAUUGAAGUGCUACAGGCUCCUGCCAAAAUCCCUGCUGUAUUUAAAGGAGAACGUCUCAUAAUGUAUUGUGUUUUGAAAGGUGGAGAUUGGCAGUCUGGGAAUGGACCUGCUAUGAAUUGGUCUGAGCCUGAGAAGAAAGCAUCCAUUGUGAAGUUGAGUCUAGAAUCUAAUGUAUUAUCAUCGUAUACUGCAUAUGUGGUAGUCAAUGAAGAUCAGAAGGAACCCAUUGAAGGUGCACUCAAAAUCUGGGAUGUGACUGCUGCUAAAGAGAGGCUGAGAAGAUACUCUGAUUCUAGUGGCUCUAACUCCAGUCUUAACUCAUUUGAAUCAUUUGAAUAUGAUGAGAAAUAUUCUGAAGAUGAUGAUAAUAUGGCUGCAGCUGUACAGUGUGAAAAAAACUUUGAAAAUCAAUUACUGGGCUUUAAUCAAGAGUGCAAAGAAGAAGAUGAAGAAUCAGGCCUUCAAUUGUCCAUCGUAAAGUUUUUGGGCAGCAAUAAAUUGCCAUCUAAGAAAAAGAAGACGCAACCAAGUAUUGAUACUAGUAUAUUUGAUCGUUUAUCACAACUUGUGAGACUACAGACUGCUGAGGGACAGUUUUUAGCUCAGAAAGAUGAAUGGGAAUUAGUUGCUGCAAAAGCUGAACAAUGGCUAUUGACUGUUGUUGGAUUAGAAGCUCUCUCUUCGCUCAAACAAGCUGCAACGAAAUGCUUGAAUUGA